AUGAAAAGAGAAAAGAAGGACGAGGAAAGUAGUGGCAAUCCGUUCGCUCACCUCGAUAAGACUUCGGUUCUUCAGGAGGCUCGUGCAUUCAACGAAACGCCAAUUAACGCCAGGAAAUGCAGUGUUAUUCUAACGAAACUGUUGUACUUGAUACAACAAGGAGAAACCAUUGGGCGAACAGAAGCGACGGAGGCUUUCUUUGCGGUGACCAAAUUGUGGCAGAGCAAGGAUGCGAACUUACGUCGUCUUGUCUAUUUGGCCGUCAAGGAUCUUUCUGGGAUAGCCGAUGAUGUCAUCAUUGUGACCAGUAGUUUAACAAAGGACAUGACAGGUCGAGAAGAUGUGUAUCGUGCGGCUGCCAUUCGUGCUCUGUGUAGAAUCACAGACACCGGAAUGUUACAGACCAUUGAAAGAUAUAUGAAGCAGGCAAUCGUUGACAAAAAUGGCGCUGUAUCUUCAGCUGCACUUGUUUCGUCUAAACAUCUGAUGAAGAAAAGUGCUGAUGUGGUACGUCGAUGGGCUAACGAGGUGCAAGAGGCAGUCUCGUCGGAUAACCUAAUGGUUCAGUAUCAUGCCCUGGGUUUGUUGUACCAUAUCCGGUGUAAUGACAAACUAGCGGUGAAUAAACUCGUUCAAAAAUUCAGCAAGACUGGUCUGAGAUCACCCCAUGCAGUUUGCUACCUUAUACGUAUUGCUGCACGACUGAUUGAGGAGGAUGAUCAGGUGGAGUCUUCGGUUUUUUCAUUUAUCGAGGCUUGCUUGCGCCACAAAAGUGAAAUGGUGGUUUAUGAAGCUGCCAGCGCCAUCGUUGCUCUUCGAAAUACCACUCCCGCUGAAUUCACUCCAGCAAUUUCGGUGCUCCAACUAUUCUGUUCCUCUCCGAAGGCAGCCUUACGCUUUGCUGCUGUUCGUACUCUUAACCAGGUUUCCAUGAAGCAUCCAAAUGCUGUUAUGAGUUGCAAUGUGGAUUUGGAAAAACUUAUUACCGAUUCAAACAGAUCUAUCGCUACUCUUGCAAUAACGACGUUGUUGAAAACUGGCGCAGAAAGCAGCGUUGAACGGCUGAUGAAGCAAAUUAGUUCAUUUGUGUCGGAAAUUAGUGACGAGUUCAAGAUUGUUGUCGUCGAUGCUAUUCGAUCACUUUGUGGACGUUAUCCACGGAAGCAUGCAGUGAUGAUGCCUUUCCUCGCUAACAUGCUCAGGAAUGAUGGUGGUUUUGAAUACAAGAAAGCGAUUGUGGAGACAAUUAUCGCUAUUGUAGAAGAUAAUCCCGAUGCAAAGACUGCUGGUCUCGCUCAUUUGUGUGAGUUCAUUGAAGACUGUGAACACGAUAGCUUGGCAACGCGAGUGCUGCAUCUGUUGGGUAGGGAAGCGCCAAAAACACCAAAUCCGUCGAGUUACAUUCGAUUCAUUUACAAUCGCGUCAUUCUAGAGAGUACUAAGGUUCGUGCAGCCGCUGUGACAGCUUUAGCCAAGUUUGGUGCACAAUGUGCCGAGCUGAGUCCGUCUAUUCAAGUACUGCUAAAGAGAUGCCUUCUUGAUAGCGAUGAUGAGGUUCGCGACCGAGCCACCUUCUACCUCACCUUGCUUACCGAAGCUACUGCAUCCGUUAUAAACAGUUUUGUUCUAGAUGGCCUGCAGGUGAUGCCAUCAAGCUUGGAGCGUUGCUUAUUUGAGUACGUACGUGGAGACUCCUUCAAUGCUCCUUUUAAUUUACAAGUGGUACCAGUAACGAGUCAACCGUUGUCUACAUCAGAGAAACGUGCACCUAUACUUCCUGACGUGAUGACUGUAGAAAAACCGACACAGAUUAAGAAAGAGCCGUACGCAGAACAACUAUCUCAAAUUCCAAAGUUUGCGGACCUGGGAGUAUUAUUCCAUUCGUCAGCUCGUAUCGCCCUUACCGAUGACGUAACAGAAUAUACCGUUAAUGCCAUCAAGCAUGUCUUCAUGAACCACGUUGUUGUUCAGUUCGAUUGCAAAAAUACGCUCAAUGAUCAACUGCUCGAAAACGUUGUAGUCCAGCUGGAUGAUGUAGAUGGUGAUUGGGCAAUUGUGGAUAUGGUUCCCAUCGAUAGUUUGCCAUACAACGAAACCAAGUCCACCUUUGUGCUUCUAGAAUUCCCAGAAUCAGGCUCUGUUACGGGCACAUUCGCUGCAACUUUGAAGUUCAACGUGAAGGAUGUGGAUCCAGUCACUGGAGAGGCGGAAUCGGACGAUACCUAUGAAGAUAGUUAUGUGUUGGAGGAAUUCGAAUUGUCCGUAAGUGAUUUAGUGGCCCCGAUUUCGAAGCAAAAUUUUAUGUCAUCAUGGGAAGCCUUAUCGAAUGCAGCAACUGUUGACGAGACCUUCCAUUUGACAACUGUUGGUACUUUACCAGAAGCUGUUAAAAAGGUAUCGGAACUUCUUGGAAUGAUGCCAUGUGAACGUAGUGAUCGUAUUCCAGAGGGGAAAACCCAACAUUCUACCAUGCUUGCGGGAGUUUUCCGUGUUGAAAUUAUGCUGGGACCCUCCCAACCAGUGAACACGGUAAUUGUCUAUGAGUGCAUCGUUAAUUAA